UUUUUGACGUCACUACAAGCGCUGCAGCGCAGAGGCGCUCGGCGUGCUGACAACAUCGAGGGCUGUGGAGCGAGCUCAAGAGUGGGAGUGAGUGAGGGAGGGAGGAGAGAGAGGGGGAGAGAGCGAGGACUAAAGGAGAGAGAGGGAGACUCCGGACAUCUGCCUCACCGCAAACGCUCUCGUAGUCGGGCAGCCUCGCCGCUGCUCCCCUUCCUCCACUGACGCCCGCGUCUCGCAGAUGUCGCUCCAGUCAGAAGCGGGGCUUUUCCUCCUCUGCCCCCUUUGUUCGCCGAAUUGAUAUCCUGUUGUUUUGCUAUCCGAGUGUAUAUUUAUUAGUUUGAUUAUUAUUGUUUAGACGUCCCUUCUUCAUAUUGGGGGGGGGGGGGGGGGGGGGCGAGGGGGGGGCAGCUGUAGUGGGGUUGGCGAGGAGAGGAGGUGAAACGCACGCGGGAGCGACGGAGAAAACGAGAGGAUCUCUGACCCCAAGAAGUUGUCUACGGCGGUCGAGUCAGAAUUUUAUGACAAGUCUACUUGCGAGAGAGAAAAAUCCUACAUGUGCUUGGAAACAUCACAAAUCAAUCUGUUCUGGCUCGGUACUUUAUGCCUCGUGGGAUCGUGACAACUCUAGCUGUCUGGGAUAUUCCCAAUUCCUAACAAGAAGCCUUCUGCAGGACAUAAAUCAGAAAGAAUAUUUUUUUUCCGCGAGCAUCUAAUCUCAUCUGUGGCUCUCUUCCUCCCAAACUGGGCGGUUAAACUAUCACAUUUUUUCAACCCUGCAAUCCUUCAACUGCUUUAAGGUCUCCGAUCGUGUGCACUUUUUUUUCAUGGGAGCUUACAUUAAAUGCAUUUCUACCAGUCCAAAAUAAGGAGAAGAUAAUCUUUUUUUGCGGAUUAGAAUUUCACCAACAGCUCCCAUUACUGAUUUUGUCAGUACCUUGUUAAAGCCUGUCCUUGCAGUUUCACCGUAAUGGGUCAUACUCUUUAGUGAUGGUAUCAAAUGACUCGUCUGCCAGAUCGAUCCGCAAAACACCGAGCAGCCGGCGAUUACAACAAGACAAAAACCUAUGCAACUAAUUAAUGAAACGACCACUGCUGUCUCGGCUAAGGCAACGGCAGAGCCGCGCCGCAAACAAUCGCGCAAACUGCAUUGACAUUCCCCUCUAUGGAAGAUAGCAACGCCGAGUGGAGCUGUACCAAUGAACGCCGGGCUCAUAAGAUUAAAGCACGCUGAGACUCCUAGAGAAGCUCAACUGCCGAAAAGCGAGCACAAGUGAGGUGGUCAAUAUCCCCGGCCAACAAUUCUGAAGCACAAACCGGCUUGCAGCGGGCAAGGAAGGUCAGUGUUUGUUUCACCCGCUGCUCCGGCGACGAUGGGUUCGGCUUCGGUGACACUGCAACUCCUGCUGGCAACGCUGGCGGCCUCCCGGAGUCACGGCCUCGAGUUUAGCGGCUCAAGCGGACAGUGGGCCCGCUUUGAGCGCUGGGAAUCCGGCUCCGCGGGGGCGUCGUCCAAAACGGCCCCCGCUGGCGGAGAGCUGAGCUUCCAGAUGCGCACCAACCAGAGCCGGGGCAUGGUGCUGUACCAAGACGAUGGCGGCGGCGGCGGCGGCGGCAGAGACCGGGGAGCGUGCGGCUUCCUGGCGACGUCCCUCUCCGACGGCCGCCUGCGGCUGCGCGCGGGCCUCUCGUGCAGCGUGGAGGCGCUGGUGCUGAGCGGAAGCCGCGUGGACGACGGCCGCUGGCACCGGGUACAGGUGCGGCGCGACGGGCGGCGCGUCGAGCUCUCUGUGGAUGGGGAAAACCAGGUGGCGCGGGCCGUGUCGCUCGACCGCGCGCAGCUCGGCCACAGCUUUGGCCACGGGCACGGCCACGGGCACGGGCAGGGCCACGGGCAGGGCCGCGGGCAGGGCCACGGCUUGGUCGCCUCUACCGGCAGGCGCCGGCCUCCUAGCGACCUGUUCGUGGGCGGCGUCCCCGCGGACGUCCCCGCGCACGCGGCGGCCGACAGGGAGUUCCCGUUCAGCGGCACGCUGCUGGACCUGCGCUACAGCGCCGAUGAGGGCCACUGGCCGGGUGGCGGCGGCGGCGGCUUCUUUUCGGUGCCGGAGCUGGUGGGGAGCCAGGGAGUGGGCACGGAGGCGGAGAGGGUGUGCACCGAGCGCAACCCGUGCGAGAACGGAGGCCUUUGCUCCGUGCUGGACGGCGAGGCCUUCUGCGACUGCGCCGGCACGGGAUUCGAGGGGCGGUACUGCGACGAAGAGGAAAACACCAUGCCAGGCCUCGCACAUCUGAUGUUGUCCGAUCAAGGCAGAAAAGCCAAGGAGGAGAGCGUGGCCACGUUCCGGGGCAGCGAGUACUUCUGCUACGACCUCUCCGAGAGCCCCAUCCAGAGCAGCAGCGACGAGAUUACGCUCUCCUUCUGCACGCUGCAGCGCAACGGCCUCAUCCUGCACACGGGCAAGUCGGCCGACUACGUGAACCUGUCCCUGCGCGACGGCGCCGUGGCGCUCGUCAUCAACCUGGGCUCGGGGGCCUUCGAGGCGCUCGUGGAGCCCGUCAACGGCAAGUUCAACGACAACAGCUGGCACGACGUGCGGGUCACGCGGAACCUCCGCCAGCAUUCGGGCAUCGGACAUGCUAUGGUCACCAUCUCAGUGGAUGGGAUCCUGACGACGACGGGCUACACCCAGGAGGACUACACCAUGCUCGGCUCCGAUGACUUCUUCUACGUUGGCGGUAGCCAGAACACGGCCGACCUGCCCGGAUCCCCUGUCAGCAACAACUUCCGCGGAUGUCUCAAAGAGGUCGUGUACAAAAACAACGACGUCCGCCUGGAGCUGUCGCGCCUCGCCCAGGCGAACGACCCCAAGAUGAAGGUCCACGGAAACGUGGUGUUCCGCUGCGAGGAAGUGGCCACGCUCGACCCCAUCUCCUUCGAGACGCCCGAGUCGCACGUGUCCCUGCCGCGCUGGAACGCCAAGAAGAUCGGCUCCAUGGCCUUCGACUUCCGCUCCACUGAGCCCAAUGGGCUGCUGCUCUACACGCACGGGCGGCCCAAGGGAGCCACGGGGGUUCUCCUAUCGGCGCGCGAAAGCAUGAACAACCCUCGCAAGGUGGACUUCUUUGCCAUGGAGCUCUUGGAGGGUCACCUGCACCUGCUGCUGGACAUGGGCUCGGGCACCAUCAAGCUGCGAGCGUCGCCGCGCAAGGUCAACGAUGGCGACUGGCACCACGUCGACUUCCAGAGGGAUGGGCGAUCAGGCCUGGUGAGCGUCGACGGCCGCCGGACCCAAUUCACGGCGAGCGGCGAGAGCGAGAUCCUGGAUCUGGAUGGGGAAAUGUACCUGGGCGGGUUGCCCGGCUGGCGCCUGGACAUGCCAGCUCUCCCGCCGGAGCUGUGGACGGCGUCGCUGGGCCUGGGCUACGUGGGCUGUGUGCGCGACCUCUACCUGGACGGCCAGGCCAAGGACGUGCGGCGCAUCGCCGAGAGCCAGCUGGCCACCGGGGUGAAACCGGCGUGCGUGCGCGAGACGGGGCGCCACUGCGUGUCGCGGCCGUGCGCCAACGCCGGGCUGUGCCGCGAGGGAUGGAACCGCUACGUGUGCGACUGUGCCUCCACCGGCUACAUCGGCAGCACCUGCGAGAGAGAGGCGACGGUGCUGAGCUACGACGGCUCCAUGUUCGUGAAGGUGGUGAUGCCGACGGUGAUGCACACGGAGGCGGAGGACGUGUCCCUGCGCUUCAUGUCGCAGCGCGCCUACGGCCUGCUGCUGGCCACGACGUCGCGCGACUCGGCCGACACGCUGAGGCUGGAGCUCGACGCCGGGCAGGUCAAGCUCACCGUGAACCUCGACUGUAUCAGGAUAAAGUGUAACUCCAGCAAGGGGCCGGAGGUUUUGCACGCAGGCCAGAAGCUCAACGACAACGAGUGGCACACCGUGCGCGUCUCCCGGCGCGGAAAGCUCCUCAAACUGUCCGUUGACGAGGUUUCCAAAGAAGAUGAGAUGGCGGGCGACCACACCCGCCUCGAGUUCCACAACAUCGAGACGGGCAUCAUGACGGAGCGGCGCUACACCUCAGUGGUGCCGUCAAACUUCAUCGGCCACCUGCAGUCGCUCGUCUUCAACGGGCUGCCCUACCUGGACCUGUGCAAGAAUGGCGACGUGGCGCUCUGCGAGAUCAACGCGCGCUUCGGGCUGCGCACCAUCAUCGCGGACCCCGUUACCUUCCGCACGCGCAGCUCGUACCUGACGCUGGCGACGCUCCAGGCGUACGCGGCCAUGCACCUCUUCUUCCAGUUCAAGACGAUGUCGCCCGACGGCCUCCUGCUCUACAACGGCGGCGACGGCACCGACUUCAUCGCGCUGGAGCUCGUGCAAGGGUACCUGCACUACGCCUUUGACCUGGGCAAGGGGCCCAGCGUGAUCAAGGGCAAGUCGGAGGGGCAGCUCAACGACAACCAGUGGCACAGCGUGAUCGUCAUGCGCGACGCCAACAACCUGCACACGCUCAAGGUGGACAGGGACAUGGCGACCCAGAACGGCAACGAGGCACGCAACCUCGACCUCAAGGGCGAUCUGUUUGUGGGCGGGCUGCCCCGGGAACACUACUCGGGCCUCCACAAGCUGGUGGUGUCACGGGACGGCUUCCAGGGCUGCCUGGCCUCCGUCGACCUCAACGGCCGCCUGCCCGACCUGCUGGACGACGCCCUGCGCCGCUCGGGGCAAAUCGAGCGCGGAUGCGAAGGGCCCAGCACCGUCUGCCAGGAUGACUCAUGCUCCAACCAGGGCCUGUGCGUCCAGCAGUGGGAGGAGUUCACCUGCGACUGCACCAUGACCUCCUACACGGGCGCCUUCUGCAAUGACCCGGGCACCACGUACAUAUUUGGCCGCACGGGCGGUCAGAUCACGUACGUGUGGCCGCCCAACAACCGGCCGAGCACGCGGGCCGACCGUCUGGCGCUGGGAUUCAGCACGCAGAACAAGGACGCCAUCCUGGUGCACGUGGAGAGCGGCGAGACGCUCGGAGACUACCUGCGGCUGCACAUCGAGCAAGGCAAGGUCGGCGUGAUUUUUAACGUGGGCACGGACGACAUGGUGAUAACGGAGGACGACGCCCUGGUAAACGAUGGCCGAUACCACGUGGUGAAGUUCACCCGCAGCGGAGGCAACGCCACCUUACAGCUCGACCAGCUUCCCGUCAAAGAGCGCUUCCCCUCAGGGAACAGUGAUAGCGAUCGGCUGACGAUCGCUAGGUCUCGCAUUCCACCCAGACUUGGUCGAGUGGUGGACGAUUGGCUGCUUGAUAAAGGGCGGCAGCUGACGAUAUUCAACAGCCAGGCUGCGAUAUCCAUCGGAAGCAAAGAGGGCGAGCGGCCCUUCCAGGGCCAGCUCUCGGGCCUCUACUACAAUGGCCUCAAGGUGCUCAACAUGGCGGCGGAGGGGGACCCCAACGUUCGGGUGCAGGGUAACGUGCGCAUGGUGGGCGAGCUGCCCUCGCUCGCGUCCACCGAGACUGCCGUCACGGCCAUGCCCACCGAGAUGUCCACCACCAUCAUGGAGACGACCACCACGCUGUCCACCACCACCACGCGCAAGGCCCGCUCCACCACGCGUGACACCCCGCUCAUAAACACGGACGACAUCCUGGUGGCGUCGGCCGAGUGCCCGAGCGACGAUGAGGACCUGGAGGAGUGUGACACGAGCUCAGAUCCCGACAAGGGCCUCACGACUUUUGAAAGUGGCGCGACGGGUGGCGGGGGCGGCUACAACAAAGCGCAGGCGCGGCAGUGGGAGGCCAAGGACUUCGGGCCCAACCUGGCCUUCGGCAUUGACGGCCGCAGCCACUCAGCUUUUGUCUCCACCACAACCACCACCUUGGCCCCCGGCUACGUUUCCACCGCGGCCGCCUCGACCGCCAGGCACACCGGCAGCAGCGCGACCGCGGCCGGUGGCGCGGUGCUGACCACCGCGGCCCAGCCGGAAGGCAGCGGACACAAGUUUCCCGCCGGCAAAAUGAACACGCGUCAGAGCGGAGGAGCGCAGUUUCCCGACGUGGUGCUGGUGCCACCCACCGUGCCCGAGUCGGACAGCACCAAAAUGCGGGGGGUCCCAGCGGUAGUAACUUCACCAAUGUCUUUGCCCACAGCUCGGCCGGGGCCCGGCGGAGGUGGGAGGCAGGCGGGCAGCGGGGGGCCGGGGCUCGGCCCGGGCCUCGGAUCGGCAGGCGGGGUCUCGGAGAUCACCGUGCGCGAGUCUGGCAGCACGACGGGCAUGGUGGUGGGGAUCGUGGCGGCCGCGGCCCUCUGCAUCGUCAUCCUGCUCUACGCCAUGUACAAGUACCGCAACCGCGACGAGGGCUCGUACCACGUCGACGAGACCCGCAACUACAUCAGCAGCAGCGCCACCUCGACCGCCCACGCCGGCCCGGCGCAGGCCAACGGCUCGGCCAGCAAGGCCGACAAGCAGGCCGGCGCAGGCGCGAUGGGGAAGGGGAAGCCGCCGCCGGCGCCCGGCAAGGGCAAGAAAAACAAGGACAAAGAGUACUACGUGUGAGCGAGCCUCUCUCCAUCGACGGGCACCCGCUCCGCUGCUAUUUUGCCAACAUGAAAUGUUUUUUUUUUUCUCCCACCCGUUCAACUGCUUUCUUAUCCACGUGUUGGCAAAUGUGUCAACUGUCCAAGAGGAUGCUCCAAAAAAAUAAGUUUUUUUUUUUCAAAAAAAUGGGGGGGGGGGGGGGGUUGGACCCAAAAAAAAUGAGAAAAAAUAUAACGGAAGAAACCAUAAACUUUACAACCUUGGUUUUUUACGGCACAAACUCCUUUACAAUGUUUGCUGAAAACGUUAUAAUGCUAAGUCUAAGAUGUGCUUUUACGCCACAGAGGCAACAAAUACUAUGUGAUCAUUUUCCCAAUGAGUUGUGACUUCAAACCUUGCGGAAGACCACUGUGUGAAUAUUAUAUAUGUACUGUACGCUGUGAGAAAAGAGAAAAUAAAAUGAUGACCGGUUUUACUUAUUUUCUCCGAUACUCUAAAACAUAACACUCCUAAAAAAAUGUCCACAUCUGGAUACCCCAGUUGUGUUAAGGGAUGCAUGUUAAAAAAAUAAAACUGGUUUGUUUAAUGGAAGAAAAAAAAAAACCUAUUGUAAACUUGCCUUUUAAAGCACAGCAUUGAUGUGUGGCCACCAAGUGGACCUCAUGCCGGUCAUUUGUGUUUUGGAUGGGGCUUCAAAUGAAACAAAAGUGGCAUACAUAUUUACGUCCACGGAGCGUGCAAACAAAUUGCAUUCUUGAUUAUGGUGACACGCAUGCACACAUAUGUUUGGUGGUUCCGAGAACAAAAAUAUAUAAUUUGUAUUAAUUUAUAUUAUUCUGCCUGUGACUAGGAUCUCGGGUGUUAUUUUCCUUCAUGGGUAUUUUGAGUUUUUUUUGUCUUUCAUUGUAAGCUUGUUUAUAAAAGUAAACAAAAUAGGAUAAAUGAAUGGGCUAUGUGAAGAAUGUAUUUUUCAAUGUGCUCAUUGAAUUUUUUUUCCCCAAGGCUAAUGAAUGCUACAGUGAAAUGCUAGCACACGCGCUAUGUCUCACAUUCCAUCCUGUUCACAGCUGGCGAAACAAUAAAGAAUGUUACAUCUAGCUGUACCAUCGUUCCAAGGACAGACAGACUCGGCACAUUAAUACAGUGCUGUACUUAUUCUCAAAAAGUAAUAUCGUCCUCUAUGAAUAAUACAAAAAUUAUACAAAAAAACUGCACAAAAUAUCCCAAGAGAAAGUUUCCUUCGGCAGGUCGAAAGCACAACAACAAAUGGCACACAGAUGCAAUGGUGCAGCACAUGUAACUCUUAAAGACUAAUUUUAUAUAUAUGUACUCUGCAACUAAAAUUAAUUGACUUCACACGAGGGGACGCUGUAAAAGCUCUCUUUGGCACACUGCCGCGAUUCGGUGCGAUCGCUGCAAACCUUUUGCGUCAUUUAAAAACUCUACCUUUUAAAAGUCUAUUUCAAAAAACCUGGUUUACCAAAACGGCGGAGUGGUGGUGGGGGUGAAUAAAAUACAAACUGUGCGAAAUAGCGCUUGUAUACGGUAGCAAGUGUGUAUGUGUAAUGUAUUUUUCAGUUGCUGUUGUGUCCAAUUGCUGCGCCCAUAUUUACCGAGAGAUUCCCUUAUAUGCCAUGUACAGUGAAGGUGGCUUAAGGUAGAAGUCAUGUACAUAAAUAGUUUAGCUGUAAAAUUAUAAUGAAUAUCAUGGUUUUCUGAUAUUUGUUGAGUUUAUGGGGAGGGGGGGGGAGAGUUAAAAUAUGCAUCGUGGCAUAUAAUAUAAAAGUUAACUGUUUCAUACCGGUUUUAAGUUGACUAUGGAAUUUGCUCUUUGUUUUUUGUUUGCAACACCGACUCAUCAUCUUCCUUCUUGUUGGCUUGUACCCAGUUGACGGUAAAUCCGAUGUUUCUUUGUCCAUUCUUGCAUACCUCAGCUCCCCUUUGCUCAGUGUUUUUCUGCUUUUACGAUUCAUGGUUGUCAAUGAUGCAUUGAUUUUAAGAAUUAAAAAGAGAAAACGA